AUGUCAGAUCAACAUAAGGGGCUGUUGGAGGCUGUGAAGGAAGUAAUGCCUAAUGUUGAACACAGACAGUGUGCAAGGCAUAUUGUUGCCAAUUUUAGGAAAAGGUUCAGUGGUGUGCAUUAUGAGAGGAUGUUUUUGAAAGCUUGCAAAGCAUCAACUGAACCUUUAUUCAAUGCAGCAAUGAAGGAAAUACAAGUACUAAAUCUUGCAACAUUUGACUACCUUAUGGAAAAGAACCCAAAAUCAUGGAGUAGAGCUUUCUUUAGAGAGGGGAGGAUGUGUGAUGCAGUUGAAAAUGGAGUAUUUGAAAGCUUCAACAAUGUCAUUAGAGAUGCAAGGAAAAAACCAAUAAUCACAAUGUUAGAAGAAAUUAGGUUGUAUGUUAUGGAGAGGCAAUUCAAUCUCACCAUCAAAGGUUGUUCAUGGCCUGAUUAUAAACCAUGCCCAACCAUUAUAAUCCUAUUGAAUCAGUUGAAAAGAGCUCAAAGGUAUUGGCAGGUUUUACCUACUGGUUUAAACCAAUUUGAAACAAGGAAUUUGGAAGAGUCUUACGUUAUGGAUGUAGAUAGGAAAACUUGUUCAUGUAGAGUGUGGCAACUAAAUGGGUAUGGAUGUGUGCAUUUAGUUGCAACAAUCUCAUACCUUAACAGUGAUGUUGGCAAUUAUGUGGAUCCAAUGUACUAUGGAGCAAUUUAUAAGAACACCUACAAGUAUCCUAUGUGUGGGAUGAAUGGUAGCAACAUGUGGUCACCUACUAAAUUCAUUCCACCUUUGCCACCAUUGAAAAGAAAAAUGCCAGGUAGACCUAAAGUUAAUAGAAGAAAGGAUUCAAGUGAAAGGGGUGUUAUACAUACUGUGUCAAAGGUUGGGAAAAAGAUUAUGUGUAGUGUAUGCAAACAAGCAGGACAUAACAAGGUUACAUGUUCUAAAUCUGAAAAGCUAACAAAACUAAAGGUAAGGAAAAGGAAGAGAUCAGAUGUUAUUGAUGGGGAGGGAAGCAGUGCUAAGAAGGCAAAAGGUAUGACAGAUGAGGAAGGGGGGAGGGGUAAUAAGGGCAUUAAUGGAAAAGUUGGGGAAGGAAGCAGUGGUAAGAAGGCAAAUGAUGUUAUAGAUGAUAAAGGGGGGAAGGGUAAAAAGGGCAGUAAUGGUAAUGUUGGGGAAAGAAGCUUUCAGAUUUUUGCUAUGUGUGUAUGA